GGAAGUAAGUGCCCAGGAGGCAGUGUAUCGAGCCUGUAGCCUGAAGCUAAAAGAUUGUUCCAGAGAAGUCACUUUCAUACCGACAGAUGAGAAAGCUUGUCGCCUUUCUAAACCCCUGGCAGCGAUCCAAAACAUUGGUGAAGGAGAAAGCAUCUGGAUGACAAGCAUUAUGGACCGAUACAAGGCGAGACCACAGAAAGAACCCUUCCAAACAAUGUGUGCCGCAACGUUUGUUUCUGAGUAUCGUGUGGUUUCAUUUUCAGGCAAGGAAGAAGAUGCUGAACAAACAUCUCGAGGCACCAAGGAGCAUGUUCUAAAUGAUAAUUUAGGGUCGGUACAAAAGCGCACCAGAUCGCAGCCCGCUAUCAUCCGCUUUGCUAAGUUUAAUAAGGAGAAAGAACCAGAGUCACACUACUUGACAUUACUAAAGUUGUACUUGCCGCACUACUCUGACGCGCAGUUAAAACCAGAACAGUUUGCAAAGUAUGAAGAUUUCUACUUGAAUGGCUCUGUUUCAUUGUCUGAUAGAACAGGUGUCUUGAAGGUCAGGGAUAUUGUUGAGAAUAACAGGUGUCAAUUCGAGAGAAACCGCGACCAGAUUGAGGAGGCGCGCAAAAAAGUUGAAAACACCAGCGGUGAUCUAGAUGAUGCCUGGGCUCAAAUCUUUCCUGUAACGGUGCUGGACAGAUCUGAGUGUCAAGACUUGCAAGAAAAAGUUAGGGUGUUUGAUGAUGAGGAUGUUAUUGAUGACAUUCCAGAUCUUGCAACUUCGGACAAGUCAAAAGAACAAGGCUUCACCCUAGAAAGGUGCCAAUUGCAGAUGAAAAAGAAAACUGCUCUUCCCUUACUGCAGUCGCUCAACCCCAUCCAACAAGAUGUUUUCUAUUUUGUGAGGAAGUGGUGUAUGGAAAUUGCUCAGGGAAAGCGACCAGAUCCUUUUCAUAUUUUUGUAACGGGUGGCGCAGGGACUGGAAAGAGCCAUCUUAUCAAGUGCAUAUAUUAUGAGGCUACUAAAAUACUUAAGGAGACACAAGAGAACCCUGACAAUAUCUCUGUCCUACUUACAGCGCCCACAGGAACGGCGGCAUUUAACAUCGAUGGGAGUACUGUUCACCAUGCAUUUCACAUUGCACGCAUGUCAAAUACGUAUCAGCCCCUCUCAGAAAAAACACUGAAUGCAGUGCGUGCACAGUACCAAAGUCUAAGAAUUGUGGUCAUAGAUGAAGUUUCGAUGGUCGAUAGAAAGCUACUUUAUCACAUUCACGGCAGAUUGGGCCAACUGAGACAAGUGCACCCAGACAUAAAGUUUGGAAAUGUGAGCAUAUUGGCAGUGGGCGACAUGAACCAAAUUCCCCCGGUUCGGGCUCAGGGUCUAUGCAAGAGUAAAGAUACCGUGAUUGUUGACCUCUGGAAUCCCCAUUUUGAAGUAGUUCAGUUAAACGAGAUCAUGAGGCAGAAGGAUGAUGCUGCAUUUGCAGAGCUUUUGAAUAGGCUUAGGGUAAAGAAAAAGAAAGAACGACUUUCUGAUGAAGAUGACAAAACUCUGUCUUCAAGGGUGCUCUCUCUAGAUUUUGCAUCCGAUGACUAUCCAAAAGACGUGCUUCACAUUUUCACCACAAAUGAUUCUGUUGCAAAGCAUAAUGAUAGAAUGUUGAAGCUCCGGUGUUCACAGAUUAGACAAUACGAGGCUUGCGAUUUUGUCAAAGAUCCGUGCACAGGGUCGAUGAAAAGAAGGGAUCUAGCUAGAGGAGAGAGUGACGACCUACCCGACGUGGUCCGUGUCGGAGUCGGUGCACGGGUCAUGCUUUGCCGCAAUGUCAACGUUGAAGAUGGUUUAGUGAAUGGUGCAUUUGGAAUGGUGACUGGUGUGAAAGGUGGGGAAGAUCAUGAGAGUGAUGUUGCAACGGUUUAUGUGCUAUUUGACAACCCAAGGGUAGGUGCGAAUGAAAGGCAAAGGAGUUCUGCUCCCAACUCAGAGAUACCUGUCAACUCGGUGCCAGUAUGUCAGGUCGAUAGCACCUUGAAAAGGUCAACUAAAGUUACACGUCGACAAAUUCCAUUGAAGCUGGCCUGGGCUUGUACGACACACAAGGUACAGGGUAUGACCGUUCCUGAAGCGGUCGUCUCCAUGAAAAAUGUGUUUGCAUCAGGUAUGGCAUAUGUGGCAUUAAGCAGGGUAUCUUCCAUAGGUGGUCUCCACAUCACAGACUAUAAGCAGGAGUCCAUCUACUGUGAUGAGCAUGUAGAGAAUGCAGUCAAAGAGAUGAUGCACUUGCAGUUUAGAUCUGACCCAUUCAGAAAUGUCGAUGACAGGUCUGAAAGUAAUAGGAUCCUGAAUAUUGUCCAUCACAAUACCGAAAAUCUAGAACAGAACUUUAAAAGUCUAAAGUCAACCUGUCUGAUCAAAGCUGAUAUCAUAUGCUUGACCGAGACAUGGUUAUCGGAAGAUGUGCAGGAUUCUAAGGUGCAGCUAGAAAACUUUGAUGUGUUUCGCAAAGACAGAACACAUGUUUGUGAGGAAGAGUCUAUGACUAGAAGUUCACCACAUGGAGGAGUGGCAGUUUAUGUCCGUAAUGGAUACAGCUGUUAUGAAAUACCCAUUCCAGAUGACAUUAGCCUGGAAUGUGUGGUUAUGCUAAUGUCUGUUGAGGACAUAGAGAUUCUCAUUGUACCUGUUUACAGGCCACCUAGUGUGAAAAAAGACGCAUUCAUAGUCAAUGUAGAGAAAUUGAUGCAGUACUUGUUGGCCACAGUGAAGCGAACAACCACAAUCUUUCUUGGGGACUUUAAUGAGAAUUUGUUAUCAGGUGAAGACAACAAAAAGAUACAGAAGUUCUUUGAGACAAACAAUUUCGAACAGUUGGUGGAAGAUCCUACAACCAUGAAAGGAACUCUUAUUGACCAUGUUUACAUUGCACCACCAUCAUCAAAUGUAAGCUGUGGGGUCAUACAGACAUUUUACAGUUACCAUGAUGCUGUGUAUUGUACGCUGUAUCGGUGAUGCUGCAAUAAGCCGUGAAAAAGGCGGUGGAUUAGAAAAAUUCCUUCCUUUGUGAUGUUGUGUAUCAUUACAUACACCAGCUCUGGCCUUGCAUAGUCUGAUUGGUCGACUGCAUUGUUGACCAAACAUGAUAUGUGAGGGGGAGGGGUAAGAAGUCGUGGACUCUUACCCGCUCCGCCCUUGCUAACCUCUUGCCUCAUUGGUGGGUAAGGGGGCUCCUGGUAAAACAGGAACCCCCUUUACCAACCAUUGGGGUUUGAUGUUGGUAAGGGGGUUCCUGGUAAUCAUCACCAGCUCUGGUCUUGGUAACCCUGUUUGAUCAAAGCUGAACAAACAGGGGAUGCGAGAGAGAGGGGUAAUGAAGUCGUGGACUCUUACCCGCUCCGCCCUUGCCAACCACUUACCUCAUUGGUGGGUUAGGGGGCUCCUGGUAAAACAGGAACCCUCUUACCAACCAUUGGGGGUUGAUGUUGGUAAGGGGGUUCUUGGUGUUACAAAGGAUCGUCACCAGCUCUGGCCUUGCAUAGUCUGAUUGGUCGACCGCAUUGUUGACCAAACAUGAUAUGUGAGGGGGAGGGGUAAUGAAGUCGUGGACUCUUACCCGCUCUGGCCUUGCCAACCUCUUACCUCAUUGGUGGGUUAGGGGGCUCCUGGUAAAACAGGAACCCCCUUACCAACCAUUGGGGUUUGAUGUUGGUAAGGGGGUUCCUGGUAAUCAUCACCAGCUCUGGUCUUGGUAACCCUGUUUGAUCAAAGCUGAACAAACAGGGGAUGCGAGAGAGAGGGGUAAUGAAGUCGUGGACUCUUACCCGCUCCUCCCUUGCCAACCACUUACCUCAUUUGUGGGUUAGGGGGCUCCUGGUAAAACAGGAACCCCCUUACCAACCAUUGGGGUUUGAUGUUGGUAAGGGGGUUCCUGGUGUUACAGACUAACGAAGGAAGGAAAAAGAACUCCCCUGUGAUUAGGGUUGAAGAAGGAAAAAGAUGUCCCCCUGUGAUAGGGGUUGAGGAAAGAAAACUUUCCCUUGUGGUUGCGAUAGAGGAGGAAAAAGAGGAAUAUAUGUAAAUGGAAUGCAUCAUAUGCAUGACAAUUUCUAUAAGCACUCACAUUUGACAAUAAGCUUAUCUAUUUUUUUCUUUUCCUUUAGGAGACCAUUCCUCUAGGCAUUGAGAAAAAAAGAACUCUUCCCUGUGAUUAGGGUAGAGAAAGGGCAAAGAGUUCCCCGUGAUUGGGGGAGAGGAAGGAAACAGAACUCUUCCCUGUGAUUAGGGUAGAGAAAAGAGCCCUGCCCGUGAUUGGGGUUGAGGAAAGAGAAAGGGCUCUCCCCUGUGAGUGAGGCUGAGGAAGAGAAAUGAUGAGAGAAAAAUCUGUUAAAUGGAAUGCACAAUUGUAGCAAUAAGCCAAUUAUCUAAUCUCUAUCUGUGGUCAUUUCUUUAUCAUUUUUCCUAAUAUUAUAUGUGUUCUGUUUUGUAAUGUUGUAUGUGUGCAGGUUAUCAGUAACUACGUAGUUAGGUAGUCUUGUGUUUACCUUCACAAACACGGGUUCUUGAUGUAUAGUUUUGAAUUUUGAUUGUUGUUUUGUUAAAUUUUAAUUACUAUUUUAUUAACAUAUUUUAUGUUUACCUUUGUUUUUAACUUUUAUUUUUCCCUCACGGGGAUGCCCAAACAUUGGCUCCCGAUCCUUCCGCCUUGUCGUGGUGUGAGGGCCCGAAUGUACCAAUUUCCUGGGGUAGGUGCAUCACUCCUACUCUGUAACCUCGAAUGAGGGGGUGGAGAUUGGAAGUCGCUAAAGGGAGGAUCACCAGUCUAGCCUAGCCAGGCACUGCUAGCCAUAGGUUUGGACUUUUUAUAUCAUGAAAGCACUUUGCAUAUAUUUCAUUGCACAGCUGUAUUAUUGUCAAUGAUCAUUUUUUUUCCUUUCCCUUUCAAGCGUCCAGCAGUCAAAAGAUCAUGCUGGAACACAUAACAGAUGGGACCCAACUUAAGAAAAGAAGCCGCACAGGGCCUAGGGAAGAACCAGUCAGACCUGAUUUCAGCCAGCUGCAGAAGGACAUGGCCAGCCAGCUUUGCAAAGUUUUGAGGAAGUUGUUUAAGUUUCAGACUUUUUUUAUGUAAAGAUUUAAAGUGUAUAUUAUUUCAUCUUGCAUCAUUUUUUUCAAUUUCGAUUUUCUUUGUAUUUGCAUUUAUGUCUUUAUGACAGGUUACAAAAUUCUAAGACAAGUACAAGGUUUCAAAAAUUGUUUAAUUAAAGCUGUUAGGAAGAUUCAAAAGUGUACAUGACUUAUGCUUGGAUCUUUCUUCAUUACUUAGAUUGUGAGAAUGUGUAGGGGCUAAGAACAUCUAAACUACUCAGUGAAUGUGACUCUGCAUUGUCUCUACAAACUUGUGAAUCGUCUAACGCAAGUAAUCACAUUCCAUUUUGCUUGGAUUGAAAUAUGCUGUAUUUGCUCGCGAGCAAAUGUCGGCCUUACUGUUGAAGAUUCAAAAGGUCUUUUAACUUGCAUCAUUCAUUGUAUUUCCUUUUUUUUGUAUCUGUAUUCUUGUAUUUCCAUUUUUCUAUACAUGUAUUUUUGCAUUUACAAUUUGCUCAUGUAUUUUUGUAUUCACAAAAAAUACUAAGAUUGUAAGACAAGACUUUCAAAAAUCCUUUAUUAAAGCAUUCAAAGUGUAUA